GAAACUAGGGAAGAGAUCGGUUGUCUUUUUGUGUGUUAAUUGUUAAAACCUCUUCCAAAUUCGUACGGUUUGUCUGAUCUGAGUUUCAACCGGAGAGACGUCAGACGGUCGGGUAAAAAAAAGGUAAACAAAAAAUCGAUGUUGUUUCGAGACGCCGCACGGAAACGGAAAAAUGGAAAUUACGCCGAUUGAAGAUUUAAAAAUCACGCCGGAUGUCGUUCAACCAUACCCGGAUCCUUCGGUCGGGCGCGAAGCGGUGAUCGUGAUUGAUAACGGCUCGUACCAGUGCCGUGCCGGGUGGAUGCUGAAAGAUCGGCCGGCGCUCACCUUCCGCAAUCUACUCGCGAAACCACGCAAAGAUCGCAACAAAAAAGAUGUGGAGACCACCGCGGCACCCGUGACGCAGAUUGGCAACGAUAUCAUCAAUCUCGAGGCGAUGCGGAUGCAGUUGCGGACGCAGUUCGACCGGAACGUGGUCACACACUACAAUGUACAGGAGCAGAUCAUGGACUACAUCUUCACCAAGCUGGGAAUCAACGCCGAAAAUGCGGUCCCGCACCGUGUGAUGUUAACGGAGUGCUUGUUCAAUCCGAAUUACUGCCGAAGCCUGAUGUCUGAGCUGCUGUUCGAGUGCUACGAUGUGCCGGGAAUAGCGUACGGGGUCGACGGGCUGUUCAGUUUCUACUCGAACCAAAGGCCUAAAAAUGGGAUCAUCGUGGCCACUGGCUACCACACAACACACGUAAUCCCGGUAAUAGCUGGCCGCAUGGUUGUGGAGAAUGUACGGCGCGUUAAUGUGGGUGGCUCACAAAUGAUCGCCUUCAUGCACCGAUGUCUGCAGCUAAAGUACACGAUCCACAUGAACGCGAUAACGCUUAGCCGGUGCGAGUUGCUGCUACACCGGUACGGUGAGUUUGCUUACGAUUACUUGGAGUCACUGCGUAACUGGUCCGGCCUGGAGUACUACGAGCAGAAUGUUAGAAAGAUUCAACUCCCAUUCAACCAACCGGCGGCUGCAACGACACUUACGACGGAGCAGAAAGUGGAAAAAAAGAAGGAACUUUCGAGGCGGCUCGCCGAAAUUAACGCCCGCCGGCGUGAGGAGCGCAUGGCACAAGAUGAGGAACUGCUGUCGCAGCUACAACAGCUGCAAGAGUCAGCGGAAGAUGGGGACGACAUAAGCAAUGGGCUGGCAGAACAAGGCCUUAAGGACACCGCCGAGCUAAAGCGCAUGAUAGUAACGGUGAAUGCGCGUAUCGAAAAAGCGCGCGCCAAGCUACUCGCCCAAGGUGCCGGAAGUUCACAGCCGCAACAGGACUCGGAGAAGCUACUGCAGCCACCCGCAAACAUGUCCAUCGAACAGUGGGUCGAAGAAACGCGCCGCAAGCGGGAAUUGAUUCUAGAAAAGCGGAACGCACGUAAGCAACGGAAGGCGGAUCUUGCCAAGCGGCGAACGGCCGCAGCACAGGAAAGGAUGCGCAUCAUUUCCCACUUGGCCCGCAAAGAAAAGGGAAGUGACGAUUUUGGGAUGCGCGAUGAGGAUUGGGACGUUUACAAGCAGAUUAGCCGCGACGAGGAUAGCGAUCUGGAGCAGGAGAACGAGCGUUUGCUGGAGUGCGAAAUCAUCCUCAAGCAGUACGAUGCUACGUAUGAAGAUCCGAUGAUGCUGACCGGUACCACUGCCGAACUCCACCAGCUGCAUCUCGGUGUUGAGUGUAUCCGAGCGCCGGAAAUACUGUUUCAACCUAGCAUUAUCGGCAUGCAUGAAGCGGGGCUUCACGAGACGAUUGAUUUCGUGUUGAAGCUGUUCCCUCCUGAGCAGCGGCCAGGUCUUGUAGGGAACAUCUUUCUUACCGGCGGGUGUGCCAAAAUACGGGGGCUCAAGGAACGGCUGACUCGAGAAAUGCGAGAGUUGUUACCGUUCGAAGCGCGAUUCGAAAUAGAUAUCGCCCGGGAACCCUCGCUGGACGGAUGGAAUGGAGCGAGUAAGUUUUGUCUUACCGAAACCUUUCGCCAAUCGUUGAUAACGCGGCGAACGUAUGAGGAGUGCGGUGGUGAAUAUCUAAAGGAACACUUCAACAGUAACGUGUACUUUCCAACACCCAAAACGGCCGGUGGGUCCACGGCCGGAUUUGUCGGUUGA